GGCCGGAGCCGGGGAAGCGCAGCGAUGGCGGCGGCGGCGCUGGACCUGGAGAAGCUGCGCAUGGCGGGGGCCGGCAUGGCCAUCGCCGUCCUCACGAGCGGCGGCGACGCGCAAGGUAUGAAUGCCGCUGUCCGUGCUGUGACCCGCAUGGGAAUAUACGUGGGAGCCAAGGUUUUCCUGAUCUAUGAGGGUUACGAGGGGCUGGUGGAAGGAGGAGAGAAUAUCAAGCAAGCAAACUGGCUGAGCGUCUCCAACAUCAUCCAGCUGGGCGGCACGAUCAUCGGCAGUGCCCGCUGCAAGGCUUUCACCACGCGCGAGGGCCGCCUCCGGGCCGCCUACAACCUCGUGCAACACGGCAUCACCAACCUGUGCGUCAUCGGGGGAGACGGCAGCCUGACGGGAGCCAACAUCUUCCGGACGGAGUGGGGUGGCCUGCUCGAGGAGCUGGUUAAAGACGGGCAGAUCAGCGAGGACGUGGCGAAGGAGUACUGUCACCUGAACAUCGUUGGCCUGGUGGGCUCCAUCGACAAUGACUUCUGCGGCACUGACAUGACCAUCGGCACCGACUCGGCGCUGCACCGCAUCAUGGAGGUGAUAGACGCGAUCACCACCACGGCCCAGAGCCAUCAGAGGACGUUCGUGCUGGAAGUGAUGGGCAGGCACUGUGGGUACUUGGCCCUGGUGUCUGGCCUGGCCUCGGGGGCCGACUGGCUCUUCAUCCCUGAAUCGCCCCCGGAAGACGGCUGGGAGGACCUCAUGUGCGAGAGGCUUGGGGAGACGCGCAGCAGAGGGUCACGGCUCAACAUCAUCAUCAUUGCAGAGGGUGCCAUAGACCGGAACGGCAAACCCAUUUCCUCCAACUACGUGAAGGACCUAGUGGUCCAGCGCCUGGGCUUCGACACGCGGGUUACUGUCCUCGGCCACGUGCAGCGUGGAGGGACACCAUCAGCCUUUGACCGUGUCCUGAGCAGCAAGAUGGGGAUGGAAGCAGUGAUGGCGCUCCUGGAGGCCACACCGGACACUCCUGCCUGCGUGGUGAGCCUGUCGGGGAACCAGUCGGUGCGGCUGCCUCUCAUGGAGUGUGUCCAGGUGACGAAGGACGUUCAGAAGGCCAUGGAUGAGAAGAGGUUUGAGGAGGCCAUACAACUCCGUGGAAGGAGCUUUGAAAACAACUGGAACAUUUACAAGCUGUUGGCACACCAGAAACCAGCUCAGGAGAAGAGCCCCUUCAGCCUGGCCAUCCUGAACGUGGGUGCCCCUGCCGCGGGCAUGAACGCUGCCGUCAGGUCUGCCGUGCGGAUCGGGAUCUGCCAGGGGCACACCGUGUACGUGGUGAACGACGGCUUCGAGGGCUUAUCCAAAGGGCAGAUCCAUGAGGUGGGCUGGCACGACGUGGCAGGCUGGCUGGGACGUGGCGGGUCCAUGCUGGGCACCAAGCGAACCCUGCCCAAGACGUGCAUGGAAAAGAUUGUGGAGAACGUGCGGAAAUUUAACAUCCAGGCCCUCCUGGUCAUUGGGGGGUUUGAGGCCUACGAAGGGGUGCUGCAGCUUGUCGAAGCGCGCGGACAGUACGAGGAGCUCUGCAUCAUCAUGUGCGUGAUCCCAGCCACCAUCAGCAACAACGUGCCCGGGACCGACUUCAGCCUGGGCUCGGACACCGCCGUCAACGCCGCCAUGGAGAGCUGUGACCGUAUCAAGCAGUCAGCGUCGGGCACAAAGCGCCGUGUGUUCAUCGUGGAGACGAUGGGCGGCUACUGCGGGUACCUGUCGACCGUGACUGGCAUCGCGGUGGGUGCAGACGCUGCCUACGUGUACGAGGACCCUUUCACCAUUCAUGACCUGAAGGCCAACGUCGAACACUUGACUGACAAAAUGAAGACGGAUAUCCAGAGGGGCCUGGUGCUGCGCAACGAGAAGUGCCACGAACACUACACCACCGAGUUCCUCUACAACCUCUACUCCUCCGAGGGCAAGGGCAUCUUCGACUGCAGGAUUAACGUCCUUGGCCACCUCCAGCAGGGAGGGGCCCCAACACCCUUUGACCGUAACUAUGGCACCAAGCUGGGAGUGAAGGCCGUGCUGUGGAUGUCGGAGAAGCUGCAGGAAGUCUACCGCAAGGGGCGUGUGUUUGCCAACUCAGCUGACUCUGCCUGUGUGAUCGGGCUCAGGAAGAAGGUGGUGGCCUUCAGCCCUGUGACAGAGCUCAAGAAAGUCACUGAUUUUGAACACAGGCUGCCCCAGGAGCAGUGGUGGCUGAACCUGCGGCUCAUGCUGAAGAUGCUCGCCAACUACCAGAUCAGCUUGACGGAGUACAUCUCCGGGAAGAUGGAGCACGUCACCCGGCGCACGCUCAGCAUCGAGAAGGGCUUCUAGUCCUGCCAGCCCGAGCUGUAGCUCCCUGCUCUCUCUCCCUCCCAUCUAAAACCUCCAGAGUGCCGCAUGGCCCGGGACCACGUGCUUGCUUGGAGCACCACACCAGUGAGUGGGCUGCAGACCUGUGGGAUAUCUCAGCCUUCCCCAAGCAUGCGCCCCCUUCCCCAGGUGCUGCUCAUGGGGCACAGGGACCCAUGUUUUCAAGAGCCAGUACUUUCACUCCAAACUCUUUAAAGCAGGCAGAGCCUGGCCCUGGUUCCUAAAACAGCACAAUCAUGCCUGAAAAUGCUGGCCCAGGGUCUGGUCCCUGAGCAGCUGGGGGAAGAAAUAAUAUUCCUAGAGCCCAGCUGCACAGCCAAGACCCUUAACCUUCCCUUUUUAGUUUAUUCUUACUAUUUAAUGAUCAAGGAUCCAGAUUCCUUACUUAGCAGCUUGACCGUAUGAGCCAGUUGCUGCUUUUAGUUCCCUGCCCUCCGAACUGGGAGGGGGGCUGAGAAGGAGAGCUGAGGAAGACACUGUACUGUUCCAGAGCAAGUAGGGGCAGAGCCUGGGGGCUCGCUGCUGCCACUUGGGCCCCCAGUAAAGCUCCUUCCGUUUCUCACGGCCUUGCUGUGCGUGUUGUCUGCACGUUGCCCGCUGGCUACAUCCCAGGUGUUUGCCUAGUGGGAUGUCUCGAGGACCUAGCACAGAACAGUGGUUCUGGCAAGCCCCACUCCCCAACCACCUUGCAUGACGCUUAGCUCCGACCGCUGCCGCGUGGCAUUUGGUGCUGGUACUUUUCCAGCCCCAGAGCCGUGCCCCUUUAUGCCAGGUACUCUUGCCACGAGCAGGGCCGUGCCCAUCAUGUCGCCGUUGCUCUGUGAAUCCCAUGUCUUGUACUGUUCAUGGCACUGCUUGUGUCUUCUAGAGAUAAAAUCUGCUGGAGCCAAA